GCCAAGAACCAAAAAUCCCAACCUCUCUCUCUCUCCGCGGGUUUCUCAUCCGAAAAAGAAAUCCAGAAAGCUCUCUGAACUGAGUUCCUUGGAUUUCCGGCGAUGGCCUCCGGCCAAUCUGUCGUCCGAACCAUCCUCUUCCUCCUCUGCCUUGUCUCCACUGCUGUUUCCCAUUCGCUCAUCCAAUUGGUCUCCGGCGACCGCAAAAUCCGGAUAGACGAUGAUCUCUACUGCGACAGCUGGAGGUUAUCCGUCGAGAACAACAAUGCCGGGUACUGGUCCACCGUUCCGUCGAGGUGCGAGCGCUUUGUGCAGGACUACAUGAACGGCGAGCGGUACUCGUCCGACUCGGAGGUCGUGGCCGAGGACUCGCUCGCCUUCGUGAAGACGGUGGAGAUCGCUGGCGACGGGAGGGACGUGUGGGUGUUCGACAUCGAUGAGACUCUGCUCUCGAACCUGCCGUACUAUGAGGUCCACGGGUUCGGAUCAGAGACCUAUAACGAGACAUCUUGGGACUCUUGGGUCAAUUUGGCAGAGGCCCCAGCUUUACCAGCAAGUUUGAGUUUGUACAAAGAGCUCGAACAGCUGGGGUUUAAGAUAUUUCUGUUAACGGGAAGGGAUGAAUAUCAGAGGAAUGUGACAGAGAAGAAUCUUUUAUCUGCUGGGUACACCAACUGGGAAAGGCUUAUCUUGAGGGGGACUUCAGAUGAGGGGAAACCGGCAAUCGUGUAUAAAUCUGAAAAGAGAGCAGAGUUGCAAGAUGAAGGUUAUAGGAUUCAUGGAAGUUCCGGUGACCAAUGGAGUGACUUGUUGGGCUUUGCCGUGGCCAAACGGUCCUUUAAACUUCCGAAUCCCAUGUAUUAUAUCGCUUAAUAAACAUCAAAACGUUGGACAAUUGUAUUAAAAUGAUGAUGUUGUUGUUGUUGUUGUUAUGGCGGCGAUUUCUUGCCAUGAUUAUUUGAGGACUUCCAUGGCUAAGUUAUGCUUUCUCCGCUUGAUGUCUGCCUUUUGACAUUUUGAUUUUUAGAUUGUAACUUGAUGGUGCAGUCGGUGGGGAUAGAAUCCUCUCCGAACUCUAUUUCAUACUCAGAAUUUAAAGUUGGUGUA